UCCCCCCCCCCGUAACUCUUCACUCUUCCUCUGCCGGACCUUGUUCGCACAGUGAUUGGGGGCGACGGGAUGUCCCCAGGCUUUCUCACGGAUGCCUACUAUGAUGUCAUGUUAUGUGGACCUCGUAGUUGGGUAUUCGAAGAUCUGGAGAACUUGCUCAAUUUGAUAACCUAUGCCCCCGGGGCAUAGAGAAACUUUUUUUUAUUCCUUUCCUUUUUGAUCUCAUUCGUAUUCUGAUCGAAGAAAGAGGUGAAGCUAUCUUUUUGAAGGCGAUAGUUCACAGUGCUUAUUCUAUAGAUACUUGAAAGGCCAACUCAUGUUUCCACUCUAUUUUCAUUACGAAGAUGUAUCACGUCAGGAUCCGUUGCUCAAACUGAAUCACGCCAACGUUAUGGAAGUUCCUGGAUUGUGUAAAAUAAGAGUAGUACCAAAGGCAGCACCUUCUAUCAAAAAUGGAAAAUUGGCUAUGGAGAUUCCGUGCGGUCAGAAAUUCAUACAGACAGAAAGGUCUUCGACAGGAAAGUCAUUUCGAUCCAAUCCAGGGUCAAAUAAAGAGAAAAAACGAAAAAAAGGAUAUGUCAGUGACCUAGCGCGACAAAGCACUCUCCGAGGGCAUGGAAUGUCUAAUUUUUUAGUCAGAAUCUCCACAGUAAUGUCUCUAUUAGAUUCUCCGGUCGAAAUACGGGAAAACUCUAUUCAAUUCUCGAUGGAAACGGAGUUUUGCGAAUUCUCCCCAGAACUGGAAGAUCAUUUCGAGAUCUUCGAACAUAUUCGAGGGUUCAAUGUGACUAUUGUCACUUCGUCCAACACACAAGAUGAGACUUUACCACCGUGGAGCGGCUUUUUGCAAAAAGAUGAGGGUUUUAACAUUAGAGAUCGAAUUCGAUGUCGGAGAAGCGAAAUAUACGAGAUCACAAACGUAGAUUGCUCGCGGCUAAAUAUGAAUUGAGACGAAAGCUUUAUAAAGCCUUUUGUAAAGAUCCCAAUCUUCCUAGUGAUAUGCGGGACAAACAUCGUUAUAAGUUGUCCAAGUUGCCAAGAAAUAGUUCCUUUGCACGAGUAAGAAACCGAUGUAUUUCCA